CGUGGAUUAGUUUUGUAGCAAACUGGGUUUAGAAGACUGGCUAUGGAGACGUCUUUUACUGGCCUACUUCAGGAAACCGUUUUCGUUGCUGCGAAGAUCUAAAAUAAACAGUGCACUUGACGUGGGCAAACACUUAUUGACAGAGUUACAUCAAGGAGAAGAAGAUCCAGAAUUCUUUGGACAAUGAGACAUAAUGAAAGAACAGAAGUUUCUUAAACCACUAGGGUGAUCAAAGUACUAUAUAAAAAUUUUGUAAUUGGAUGAUCUUGAGUCCCACCUGAACUAUAUGACCGCUGUUUAUCCUCAGCCCUCUUGUAUUUGUUUUAGCAGGUACAAAUUCAAGGAAGAUUUUUCCAAAUAUUUCAUAAAUGUUUUUUUGUUUUUUUUUUUAAAUGCUGGAUUUAUUGUACUCAAUACCAGCAUUCUGUUACAAUAAACAGAGUAUGUAAAAUUUUCAAGCUAUUUUUCUACUUCCAGUUAAUACAAAUUACAUUUUUGAACUCUGUAGAUAUUCAUAGUAAUGCAUCAGUCUUGUACUCAAGAGUGCCCUUCUUAGUGUUGCAUCCAGUGUGGUUCAGUCUGCUGAGUUAUGACUGACAGCAACUACGAUUCUGCCUGCAGUCAUGGUAAUGAUGUGCCAGCUGUGCUGCCUACUGCUGUGGCCGUUGUAGGAACCAGUUACCCUGGCAGCAGUGAUAGCCCCAGGAGUAACAUCUGCAAUAAAAAUUGCACCAGUGGCAAUUGUGACAACUGUAACUCUCUCACAAACAACAGUAGUACCAACAAAGUUGGGCCACCAAACAAUGGAGCUGGAGGAAGCACUGGAAGUGGAGUUCGGAGUGACUGGGGUUCACGGGUGCAAGUCAAGCCCCUUUGUCAACAGAAGCAGGCCACAGGAACAUCUUCUGAUGACAUGGAUGUGAACAGUAAUGGCAACUCAAGUGGGAAUGAUUCAAAUGGAGGAGAGUCAAAUGAAAAUGAAUCUCGUGGGCGCCAGUCAACACGAAGCUCCAACAGUAGCUCUAGCCGAAAUGGCAAGGAUUCUGCAAUGAUGCUGGAAACUACUGAGAGUAACAAGAGCUCAAAUUCUCAGAGCCCAUCUCCACCAAGCAGUUCGAUAGCUUACAGCUUAUUAAGCGCCAGCUCAGAGCAAGAUCAUCCUUCUACUAGUGGCUGCAGCUCUGACCAGUCGGCUCGUGUGAAAACACAAAAAGAACUAAUGAAGGCUCUAAAGGAGUUAAAGAUCCGUGUGCCAGCCGAAAGGCGAAGUAAAGGGAAACCAAGCACUCUUGCUGCACUACAGUAUGCAUUGUCAUGUGUAAAGCAAGUCAAAGCAAACCAAGAUUAUUACCACCAGUGGACAGCUGAUGAGAACCAGACAUGUAAAUUGGACUUGACUUCUUACACAGUUGAAGAACUUGAAAAUAUCACAUCGAAGUACACCCUAAAAAAUACGGACACAUUUUGUGUAGUGGUGUCUUUGCUGUCAGGGAAAAUUGUGUAUAUUUCACAUCAGGCUGCAUAUAUCCUGCGUUGCAAGGAAGAAUUCUUGAAUGGGGCCAAAUUUGCUGAACUUCUGGCACCUCAAGAUGUUAGUGUGUUUUACAGCUCAACUGCACCCUGUCAUUUACCAUCCUGGUCUGCUUGCAUUGGAACAGCUGCCCCACCAGACUGCACACAAGAGAAAUCCAUGUUCUGUCGGAUCAGUGCUGGUCGAGGUGGAGAUAAUGAGAUUCGCUAUUAUCCUUUUCGUCUCACUCCCUACCUGGUCACAUUGAGGGACCUGGACACAGCAGAUGGACAGUCAUGCUGCCUGCUGAUUGCAGAGAAGAUUCACUCUGGAUAUGAGGCACCAAGAAUUCCUGCAGACAAGCGUAUUUUCACCACAAGCCACACACCUAGCUGUUUGUUUCAAGACGUAGAUGAACGUGCUAUCCCAUUACUUGGUUAUUUGCCUCAGGAUUUGGUAGGCACUCCAGUUCUGCUCUACCUUCACCCUGAAGAUAGACCAAUCAUGGUGGCUAUUCACAAGAAAAUAUUGCAACUUGCUGGGCAGCCAUUUGACCAUUCACCAAUCCGGUUUUGCACACGCAACGGAGAAUAUGUUACAAUUGACACCAGUUGGUCCAGCUUUGUUAAUCCCUGGAGCCGGAAAGUAGCCUUUAUCAUUGGGAGACACAAAGUUAGAACGAGUCCCCUGAAUGAGGAUGUAUUUACAACACCCCGUGCUGUAGAUAUCAAGCAUCUUGAGCCUGAUAUUCAUGAGCUCAGUGGACAGAUCCAUCGUCUUCUUGUGCAGCCAGUCCAUACAAACAGCUCCCUUGGGUACUGUAGUGUUGGAAGCAAUGGAUCUCAUGAGCAAUUCCUGAGUAUUGCUUCAUCCAGUGACAGUAAUGGCAUUCCUGCAGAAGAAGCAAGAUUGCAUAAACCGAUGACAUUCCAGCAAAUCUGCAAAGAUGUGCACAUGGUUAAAAAUCAAGGUCAGCAAGUCUUUAUAGAGUCAAGAACCAAACCUUUACCAAAGAAAUCCAGUUCCACAGGUAAUGAUGCUCCUAAGCAAGCAACCAGCAAACCAAAGCAGAUAACAUGCGUUUCCCCGGCUUCUGCCUUAGUAGAAACUGUCAGAAAGGAAGCUCCCUCCACCUAUUCCUACCAGCAAAUCAACUGCUUGGACAGUAUUAUUAGGUAUCUGGAAAGUUGUAAUGUUCCCAACACAGUGAAGAGGAAGUGUGGCUCCUCUUCUUGCACAGCUUCUUCAAACUCAGAUGAUGACAAGCAGAAGAUGGGAGAAGACGGACCAAAUAUUAACAAAGGCUCCGUGGUGGAGUUGGGGACCCCAGGAGGUAAUAAGGAGUCGAAGGGGACAGCUCACCCCCUCACCCCUCUGGCGCUUCCCAGUAAAGCGGAGAGUGUAGUUUCCAUCACAAGCCAGUGUAGCUUCAGCAGCACCAUCGUUCAUGUUGGGGACAAGAAACCACCGGAGUCAGAUAUUGUAAUGAUGGAGGAAGCCCCGGCCACGCCUGUGCAACCACAACCUGCUGCUCCAGCAAGUGCUACAAGCCAGCCCCUGGAUAAGGACUCAAAAGACCCAUACCGUAAGGUUGGACUUACCAAGGAGGUGCUGUCUAUUCACACACAAAAAGAAGAACAGGCUUUUCUCAGUCGUUUCAAAGAUUUGAGUCGGCUUAGAGUCUUUGAAUCACCAUGUGAGCAACAACAAGUUGGGCGGUCAAAGACAGGUGUCCGAAAUUCCAGGCACUAUCCAGCAGCAGGCAGCAGCAGCCGGCGAGGGAGAGGUGGGAAGUCAAAGGCCAAGCGUCUGAAACAUCAUGAAUCUUCUGAGCAUGCCAUGUGUAGUGGUGGCGGUUCAGGCAAUCGAGGCCAGUCUGCAUCAUCCCCAAACUUGCCACAGUGCUCUACUUUUCAUUCAGCUCUACCUGGUCCUUCUUCUGUCUCUUGGCCCCCAUCUGUUACUUCACAGGCCAGUUUGCCACCGCUGCCUUUCCCUGGAGUCUUGCCAACAUACUCUAUACCCAUGUUUGCCCAGAGAGAUUCUUUGCCAUCUGCCCCCCAGCUUGCACAGGGAACAUUUACAGAAACUCAGAGUGGCACAUGCUUUCCAAUGCAGCCUGUCCCUUCUCAGUAUCCCUCUCCAAUAGUUACUCCAAUGGUGACAUUUGUACUGCCAAAUUACAUGUUUCCACAACUUAAUGGCACUCUUCCACAGCCAUAUUUUCCAAACCAAAUGUUUUCUUUCACAUCAGCAGGUACAUCUACUUCUAAUAUGCCCAGCGCUCCUACUACCACCAUGAUACAACCCAAUACACAAGAGCUUAGUUCAACAAGUGUAGCCCCACCGUUACCUCUACAGGAGACUGCAAAACCAUAUUCCUGCUGCAGUACACCGCCAUCAAGCAGUCAGCCCCCUAAUGAUCGGGAGGAGGCAGAAUCCCCACUGUUUGAAUCUCGCUGCAGCUCUCCUCUUCAGCUAAACUUAUUGCAGCUUGAGGAGACAACAGCAGGGAACCGACUGGAAAUGACUUCUUCUGGCACCGGGGUACAAGGCCAAGUUUCUGGAAGUGGCUCAGGAAGUGGAAAUGCCAACACUGUUCCCGAGUGGCCAGGAGCACAAGCUGGAGGUGUAAGCGGGAAAGCAUGCCCAAGAAAUGAUGGCAACAACCAGAAGGAGAAUGAAAAUCAUGGAGAAGCAAAUGAAUCGUUUAACCAGGAUGCUAUGUCAAGCUCCAGUGAUCUCCUGGACCUUCUACUGCAAGAAGACUCGAGAUCUGGCACAGGAUCUGCAGCAUCUGGGAGUGGGUCAGCUGUUUCUGGCUCCAUGGGCUCAGGCUCUAAUGGCUGUAGUACCUCUGCUUGUGGAACAAGAAGCAGUCAGAGUAGUCAUACCAGUAAAUAUUUUGGCAGCAUCGACUCCUCUGAGAAUGAUAAUAACAACAAGAAGUGUGUCAGUGGAUUGGCAACUGAAAGUGAUCAGUUCAUCAGAUAUGUACUUCAAGACCCGAUUUGGUUGCUCAUGGCCAAUACAGACGAGAAGGUCAUGAUGACUUACCAGCUGCCUGUCAGGGAUAAGGAGACCAUCCUUCGAGAGGACAGGGAAAAACUGAAAGCUAUGCAGAAGCAUCAGCCACGAUUAACAGAAGAACAGAAGAAAGAGCUCUGUGAAGUGCAUCCAUGGGUGAAAACUGGCCGCUUACCCAAAGCCGUCAACAUUUCAGCGUGUGUAGGAUGCGGGAUAAGCUCGUCUGUUGCAGUGGCAACCCCAUUUGAUGUGGAGCUCCAUGAGAUGGACCUGAGUGGUAUGCUGGAUUCUGGAGAGGAAGGCUGCCACAAAGGGAACGUCCCUGCAGAAACGGCAAUGGAGGAGGAGGAGGAGGAGCUGGAAGACCAAGAAAUGCCUUCAGCAGAGCAGGAGAUGGAGAGUACGUCACAACAGAGACAUGAAUGAGUCUUUAACACGUCGGAAAUUACAAUUUGAAAAGCCAACAAGUCAGGCUUCAGACUGUAAGAUGUUUUGUAUAUAUUUAUAUAAAAGAAAAAAAAGUGCUGAGUUGUCCCAAAUACUAAAAACACUAUUUUUUGAGAGAUGACAGUUUUAUUUUUUUUAAUGACUUCUGAUGAAUGGAACGUUUUUGAUUCCUUUUCCAUUUCUGUGGACCAUUUGAUGGAAAAAUCAUCUUCUUGUGAGCACAGGGGGGGUUUGUGGGGGCAACAAAAGCUGCCUCAGUGCCGCUAUCACUGUACCACUUCCAUGCUGGCAGUGCUACAGUAAUGAACAUCUCGGAUGGCUGUAAGACCUUCCAAAGAUGUGCUAUGGAAGUGUAACUUUUUUUUAUCAACAAAAGAAAAAAGCUGUUAACAGACCAGUGACUUGGUGAACUGCGAUUUUCAUGGGUACCACAGCACGAAAACUUCAAGGAGCACGAAUCACGACAGCUUUAUGUGGGAUUGGUGUAAACGUCCUCCUCACUUCCCAGAAACCCGAGCCCUGCACCAGAGUUCAGUGGUGUGUACAGAAGUGCUGACGAUGCUUUGACUCCCGAUGGCGCCGCAUACGAGUGGACGAGACUCUCCGCACAGACAGCAAUCUUUUUUUCUAGGAUGUUGUGUUUUUGUUUUUUUUUAAGUGUUUCUAAAAAGUUCGGUUUUGUCAGUUUUUACUGUCUUUCUGUACAUUUAUUUAAUGCAAUGUUUGGAAUCCACUGGUGUUAGACAAUCAUUCUGUUUUUAUACUGAAGAAACAACUGAACCCCCCACAAUGCAGCAGGUACACGCGUGUCUGCAGUCUCCAUUUUAGUUAACAGCUUAUUGUUUUUCAGAAGGUGACAAUACAGUAGUGAUCUGCUUUGUUUACCGGGACCACAAAUGUGCUCACUGCAUUACGAGAAGCACAUCAGCGUUCUGCAUAAUCUUCUGCCAAGUCCUCACUUGCUAAAAUAUCAGCACCCACCCGUCAGAUGUAGAACAGUGAGCUCCACACCCCACCACAUUGUGCCAACUGCACACAGAUUCAAAACCAGCCUGCUGUAGCUGUUGGGCAGCGGCACCACCCAUUUAAGAUCUGAACCAUUUCUUGAGCCAAAACACAAGAAGGUCCAUUGCUUAGCAGUGGCUACUUUUUGGAAAGUGCCAUGUAGGUUGGUUUAUAGAGAAUUAGGGCAGUGUGUGGCAUUUGUAUGAACUGGUUUUACACCAACGCUAUUCUGGGAUCUGCCCAUUCCUGCUGUUCAAAUGGACUCCAGCAUUCCAUUGCCAGAACCUGUGGACGAGGCUUUAUUCAACUAAACAAGUCAUUAGCCACAAAACCUUACAAUUUAAUUAGAAACGACAAGCUGCCUUCUUAUGCAUUUAUCCAUCACCCUGACGUGAUUUACUUUAGGAAACUGGGCAUAGGCUUGUCGUUCUUGAUGCCUAACAGCUGAUCACUGCCCGCCCUUGAGCCCCUAACACCUGCUCACUGCCCCAUUCUGGGGGGCUUACUGACUUAAACCGCAGUCCAGCUCUGAAGUCGAGUUGCCAAGUGGUCAGUCAGUAUUUGGCACUGCUUUAGAAAUCGGGCGCACUUUUAGAAUAAACAGAAUCCAUGAAUUCAGUUGUCAUUCAGGGCAACCAUACUAAAGAAAAAGGUUAUGCCAGGGAGAGGAGAGGAUUCCAGCUGGUCCCCCAUCACGCUGAUUGUCUAAUCAAAGGGUACAUUAAAGGGUACAUUAGAGCAUCAAAUUAGAGGAACAAGAACGGCCCAUCGUUAAACAGGAACUUCAAGGCAAGCGAAAGGGAGACCAACUGCUUGCAGCCGGCACUGCACUUCAUCAAAAGUCCCAUUUGCUUCACAAGAUGCAAAGCCAGGACUUCAGUCGAAGCGCGUCCCAUCUGCAGGUUUUCUGGUUAUAAGAAAUGUAUUUUAUUUUUGUCGAUGGGUUAUUUGUCAAA